AUGUGCAGCAUCUCAUCAUGCACGCACGAACAGCAAGUCCUGACUUUGUCCUCUUGUCAGGUCAUGUCGAUAGAAAUUCAGAAGCAGAUCAAGGACAAUGCAACGAGCGUCUCUGACUUCUUCUCCGACUUGUACAAAUGGACUGAGGACCAGGUCAAGGAGGAGCGCAGGAGGGAAAUUCGAAAAACGGCUCGGCAAGUGGGCAUCGACGAAGCGCAGAAGCUCAUAGCAGCAAAGCCUGCCGAGCGAGAUGCAGCUGAACAGAUAAAUGACGCCCAUGCGGACGGAGAAAGGUCCGAUCCGAUCAAACGCGACAACGCACCGAUAGCCCAGUACUACCAUGACUGGGACAGAUACGAUCCGGAAGCAGAAGUCGGACGGAUUGAGGAGGAGGCGUUUCAGUCGCAGCGGGCAGAAAUGGACGCUCGACAGGCGGAGAAGGACCGAAUCUUGGACGAAAUGGCGCUGAAGCCAAACGGUGACCGGACUCGAACUUCGGCGGCCAAGCCUCGAGUCAAGGUCUCCGUCCGCCGCAGCGGUCGCAAGGUCGCUCCGGUAGACCUCGCAGCCCCCCGCAAGGACGAGGCAAAUCGCUUGUUUGGGGCGGGCCGAUACAGAGAGGCCAUCGCUGCUUACACCGCUGCCAUCGACUGCCUGGACAAGUACCAGCCUUCGGAGGCAGGCUACAACCCCGGUGACAGGGUUCAUGAAGACGGUGCUGGCGAGAAGGAGGCGAUUGCUCUGAAGGUUGCCCUGCUGGCGAAUCGGGCUCUGGCAUGCCUAAAGUUAGAGUUGGAUCUGUAUCUGCUGAUGAUGCGCUUCCUCAAACCCAUGGCGAAUGGGUCGAAUCGGCCAGCAGCGCUUGAGUUGACGCUUACACACCAUCUAUCCAACCUCUUGGAUGUUGAGGUUGCCUUCUUGCCGACACUGCUGGUCGCAGAGGCACAAAACACUUUCUGCACGCCAGAAAAUUUGGGUCGUUUCAAUGGCUUUCCACAGCAGCUGGAUGCCGGCAUUUACUGGUUUGGCCCCGAUGACCAAUCGGAGAAGGCCACCGGAUACCCAUCAAAGUUCUAUGAUCCGAGCAAGCCCACAAUGUUGUACUUCCACGGAUGGACGGGUGAAGGUCAGGGUUGGACAAGCCGAUGCAAGCGUCUCACAACGAGAUGUCAUCCCGACAUUUGUCCAAAUGGAGGAGGUCAACCCUUGGUGAACUCCUGGCUUGAUGAAGGUUGGAAUGUCGGUUUCUUCUACUGGGACCAGUUCGCUGAUGAGGCAUGCGUGCGAGAUGCCGAGCAGAAGCUGUGGUUCGACAAGCGAGGAGAUGGAUUCCGUUGGAAAGCAUACAAUCUUUCAUCAGGUGUGUCUUAUUACCAAAACUACAACGAGGCAUUGGAUGAGCUAUCUGUAGCGGACAUGUGUGCCUUGAACGUCAAGAAAGCAAUGGGCUCCUUUGGUGGUUCGCAAGUGCGAUUUGUGGGCCACUCCUUGGGAGCGCAGUUGGCUGUUCGAUGCGCUUCGAUGCUGCAUGUCGAGGACCAUCCCGCAGCACCCGGAAGGUUGUCGUUGCUGGAGCCGUACUUCAGCAAGCACAGUCAUUUGUUUUUUGGCUGCCACGGCGAAGUGACGACCCACGAGGGAAUGGGUGAUUUUGCCGAACGGCUAACGGUUGAAUAUGUUCAGAACAUGUGGAAACGAAAGAAGGUCGUCACCGAUGUAUACAAGAGCUCGUUAUUGACAGAGAAAGCUCCGGAAGACUCCCCCUAUACGGAGCUGAAGAACAUAGUCGAGAAUGGAGCCGUCGGUGGCUUCGAACACACCUUGGUAGGCAACCUGGGAGCUGGCCUCGUUGGAGAAGAUCUCGAGAGGGCCUCCACGCUCGUCGAGUACGAACCCGAUUGGUGCGAAGGCGUCAAGACUGAUGUCUCUGGAGACGUGGAACAUCUUGGUUGCAGGCAUUGCGCUGUCAUGCCGUUGUAUCUGCUGAGCUUCGGACGCAGAGCACCUGAAUUGAGCCCGCCGAUUCGUUCUGCUGAACCGGGUUCAGCCCUCAGCUCAUGCAUGACGCCUUCUGCAUCCUGCCUAGACGAGCAGGUGCGUGAGUGGGUUCAGCGACAGCUGGACAUGCAACCGGCCCACCAGUCCUGGAAGCAGACGGGCGGCAGCAAUACUUUCGACGGGUCCGAUGACAGCUUCAUCCUGAAUCCUUCCAUAAAGCAGGGAAUCAAGCUUGGACUGCAAAGCGCGAACUCCUUGGUGCAACUUCCCGUCAAGCGGGAAAAACCGGAGGACCUCACAUUCACAAGAGUCGUGACGACUCCUUCACUUUUUCUGUUGGCUGCGGUGGCCAUCAUGUGCACCGUCGCCGGCUGUGUCGUGGUUCUUCUGCCGGUCCUCCACAGAAGACCCGACAGCGAUGACGAGUCGCUGGCAACAUCCAGGCCGUACUCACGGAAGGACUACAACUACAAGGAUCCCUACAACCACAAGGAUCCCGAGCUUGGGCUCGGAUACGAGAACUUACUGGCUUCACCCGGUGGCUCCUUUGCAUCUUCCUAUUCAGGUCAGCGGAUUGUCCUGGCAACACCACCUGGUGUAGCAUCCCCUGGUGUGACAUCGCCUGCUGUCACAUCGCCUGGUUUCGCUCGUGCAGUGUACACUCACGUCAACCGCGUGUCCUAA